UUUUCCCUCCAUCUACUGAAGGGAUAGAGAGGCGGUUCCGCUCUCUUUCCAUAUGGCGCAUACGGCGAACUCACGCCUUGAACCGGCGGGGAGAAAGAGAAACAUGGCCGCACGCCGUACGAAGAAGCAGCAGAGCCAGAGCGCCACUGCCGACCGCAUCACCGCGCUGCCGCUCGACCUCCGCGCGCGCAUCGUCUCCUACUUGUCGUUCUGCGAGGUUGUCCAGCUUUCUGAUCUUUCCCGAUCUUGGCGCCACAUCCACCACCAUGUUCCCGUCGUUGACCUCAACCUCAGCGAGUUCGUCGCCUUCAAGAAGCACAUCAUCGACGAAAAGCUGGCCAUCCCAGGUAUCGUCGACGACCAUAGGCUGCUCGGCAUACGCGUCACGCUUGCCCAUCGCGCGCGGGAGGGGAUCGGAUCCAAGGUGGAGACGUUGAGGCUGGCCUACAGCGCCGGGGACCCCCGAGUGAAGCGACACGCUGACCGCCUGAUCUCGCUCACGGACGCGCCCAAGAUCUGCCUCGACGUCUCCUUCGCCGCCGUCGACCGCUUACCGAAGCGGUUGAACUGGAAGGUGGACCUUCCGCCCGCGGCCCGUCACCUGAAGAUACGAUCGAUGGACUUCCGCAAGCCCACCCCCACCAUCGCCGGGCCGGGUGCCGCCGCCCUGCGGAAGCUUUACCUCCACGAAGUUACGCUCCGCGAGUGGCCGCGUCUCCCAUCUUUGCGCUCCCUGAGGAUGAACAUGGUCACCGUCACGACAGCGUUCACGCCUGGUGUGACAUGCCCGCUGCUUGAGCAGCUAGCAAUCUGGGACUCGACAAUCAAGCACCCUUGCGUCGACAUCCGCCUCCCGCACCUCAAGAUCCUCGACAUGGACGACGUUGGCAUCGAGCUACCCAGGGCCAGCGACUUCCUCUUCCCAUACGGCGAUGUGACAGUUGACGCACCGGAGCUCGAGGAGCUAAUGGUCAUCUGCAGCACUGGUUGCAGCGUGGAGUACAAGUCGUUCACCCUCCGUGCUCCAGCGAUGCGGUACCUGCAGUGGUUCGGGCAGUUCGCGGAACUCGUGCACAUCGACGUCGGCAAACCAGGAAGCGUCUCUGGGGGCACGAUCCAGUUUACCUCGAACGGGAAGCUGGAGGCGAUGAGCUACCGUGAGAUGAAGGACUACCGCGCGCAGAUGAUGCAGAUGCUCCACGGGCUCCUCCCCCAUCUGCCUCCCUUGACCGUCGCCGACACCGCACAGCCAUAUAUAACGUCGAAGACACGCACCGUGAUGGAUGAAGAUCUGGAAGAGAUGAUCCCGGAGGAGACGCUCACCUGCGACCUUGGUCAACUCAUGGCGCGAGAUGUUUGAAUACGUCUCUAUGCCACGAAGUGAAUGUCUAAGAACACAAAGAAUUUAGGUUGGUAACCUUGGCAGAAACCUUGUCUGCUUGUUAAGCUAUGUCUGACUAUUUUCCUCUCCACACCGAAUGUUCUCUGCUUCCUGCGCAAUCCCUUAGUUUGAGCAUCACUAGUACCUACUAUCUUCUAUAUGUCGUUUUACUUUCAUGCACUGGGAGUUGCACAUCUCGUUGUUUUUGCCGAUUUCAAGAUGGUUUGAUCUGUGCCUUGAUAAUCCCUUGUUCAGAGUA